GUGAUCCUGAACAAAGGUCAUGACCGAGCAGUCGACUACUGGAGCCUCGGCGUGCUCAUGUUCGAGCUCUACACGGGAGCCCCGCCGUUCUCGGCGUCUGACCCGAUGAAGACGUACAACAUCAUCUUGAAAGGAAUCGACAUCAUCGACUUCCCCCGGCACAUCCCCCGCUCCGGCGAGCAGCUGAUCAAGCGGCUGUGCAGGGACAUCCCCACUGAGAGGCUCGGGUAUCAGCGCAAUGGCGUCGAGGACAUCCGAAAGCACAAGUGGUUCCAGGGCUUUGACUGGGAGGGCCUGCGCUGUCGAAGCCUCACGCCGCCCAUCAUACCGCAGGUGAAGGGCCCCACGGACGCGUCCAACUUCGACUGCUACUCGCGCGACCUGGAGACACCUCCGGACGAGCUGUCCGGCUGGGAUGAUGACUUCUGAUGGUGUGAGACGCGGCCGCCCGCGCAGGCCGCCACGGAAGACGGCGUCACCGUCGCUGAGAAAGACGGCGCCACCGUCGCGAAGGAGGACGGCGCUAUCGUCGCUGCAAAAGAUGGUGUCACUGCCGCUGCUGACGAGGGCGAUACCAAGGUCACCAGGGACGGUGCCACGGACGCUACGGCGGAGAAAGGCACCGUGGCUUCGGAGCACAACGCCGCCGCUGCUGCAGGAGUAUUCGCCGCCUCCGCUGGCGUGGAGAGCGACGCCGCCGCCAACGAAGAUGGCGCCACUGCCGCGGCAGAGGACGUCCCAGCGCACAGGAGGACUCGUCCGAGCCUGUGACCUGCUCAGCACUAGGGGCUGGAGCCGUUGGGGUGACGUAAUCGAUGAGUCACCCCAGUGAGCCGCGCGCGCCAGCGCGAGAAAACCGACACAUCAUGUCACGUGCCUCCGCAGCGACGUCGCCGCCCGUUUGGCGCGGGCGAGGCCGCCGACCACGUGACCCGACCCGGCCGGGGUCGCACGGCGCCGCUCGCCACCAGGGUGCGGGCUGCGAGGCGCGGAGUGCUCGAGCGGUGGCGGACCCGGGGCGCCGUCUCGUACGCCGUCCAGCAUGUGGAGUGGGGUUGCGCGGGUGACGGUCGCCUUUAGGGAUGGGUCUGGUGUUGAAGCGCGCGGCGGCGGACACAGCUGCGGCCUGCCCGCCAGCGGCAGCGAUGACGUGGGUCUCUUCGAAAGUCGUCUACAAAGCCGUGUCGCGAGAGAUGUUUAUUUUUCAGAGAGCGUGCGCAGCGGUGUGUGAUAAACUUUGGCGCGUUCUGCGCAGGACAAUCAUAGCGUGGCGCCGGAUUGACGAGCCCACGAGGUGGUACCGGGCGUCAACAUGGCGUCAACGUCAACUCAACGUGGUGGCGUCCUGGUUCACGGCGCCCUGGCGGAGGCAGACGCCAUAGGCAGGUGGCAACAGCACGCCGUCGCUCUCCGGUUGCAGUGGCUGUGCGGAUGUAUCACUCGAGUGACGUCACGGGACUAUAUCACUGAGUGACGUCACGCGGUGAAGCGGACACUGCUCGCACUGCGUCUGUUCACAUAUUAAUUGUAACGGUCGUCGGGAAAGCGAUUGAUGGCUGACAGCCAAUCACGAGCGGAACCGGUCAGCGGCGUCUUUAAUUGGCCGACCAUCGGUGAGGAUUCUGGACCGCGCACCAAUCAGGGGAAGGUCUGUAUUGGACGCCGAUUCUGUAGUGUACUUGUUACCAUAGAAGCGAUACAUCUGAUUCUGCUA